GGCAAAAUGGAGGACAAGAUGAAGAAUAUGGAAGAAAAGUUGAGAGAGUAUUGCUGCAUGGGAGACGAAGGAAAAGUUAAAUUACUCAUUGGAAAAGGUGUAAAUGUUAAUGCUGCUAAUCAUAUAAAUGGUUGGUCGCCAUUGCACUGGGCUGCAAAGAGAGGACAUAAAAAGAUUGUCGAGUUUCUGUUGCAAGAAGGUGCCUCAAAGACUUUGAAAACAAGCAAGGGAGAGACUGCAGGUUCGCUAGCUAAAGAUCCAGAAAUCAAAGAGAUGAUUGGAACAGCUGAAGAUGUUGAAGUAGCUACCAGUGAAAAGCUACCARUUGUCCCUAAUUAUAUCAAAAAUCCUGCAUUCAUAUAUGUUGAAUCUGAGAAUACAGUUGAUGAACAGCAAACUCUUCCAUUUGGCCUGGGAAGAAGCUUAAAAGAUUCUGAUAGUAUUUCAAGUCCUGUUAAACUCUCCAGAUCUUCCCUCRCUGACCCUAUGACCUCUCCUCCUCGUAAAACCAUUGCUAUAGAUAGUGGCAAGUCAUUUACUGAGGCACAGCACUACAUGAAUGGUACCAUAUACCAUCAUCCGAUCCAAAUGGACAGUCCCAUGAAACAUGUUGUUCUAGAAAAUGAGCUGGUUCUUAAAGUAAGGGUUGCAAAUUCCGAAGAAGAURAUUUUAUAGAGGUCGAACUAGAUUUUGAAAGUCUGACUUUUGACAACCUUAUCAGAUUGUGCUGCGACGAACUCAAGAUACAACCAAAUAGCAUUAGGAAAGUAAGAAAGCUGCCUAACACUAUUGUCAGAAAGGAUAAAGAUGUAGCUCGCUUGAAUCAGUUUCAGGAACUUGAAUUUGUUUUACAUUAAUAGAACGAGCCAUUUGCUGUAAUAAAUGUUCACUUCUGGAAAA